AUGCAACUAGAACCAUAUCGCUUGACGGCGUCCGAGACUCUGGAAAAGGUUCGGGCUGGUGAACUCACAGUCGAGAGAUACACCCAAUCGCUGCUCGACAGGAUCAAGGACCGCGACGAUGCCGUGCAAGCCUGGGCCUACCUGGAUCCCGACCUGGUGCUGUCCCGGGCCCGGGAUCUGGACCGCAUCCCCCCGGAAAGCCGCGGUCCACUGCACGGCGUCGCCAUAGGCGUCAAGGACAUCUUCUACACCAAAGACAUGCCGACGCAGCACAACUCCCCCAUCUACGCCGACGACGCGCCGGCCGUCGACUCGGGCCCCGUCGCCAUCCUCCGGCAGGCGGGCGCCCUCAUCGUCGGCAAGACCACCACCACCGAGUUCGCCGCCACCGUGGCCGGGACCAAGACGCGCAAUCCGCACGACCCCGACCGCACGCCGGGGGGCUCGUCUUCGGGAAGCGGCGCCGCCGUCGGCGACAUGCAGGCGGCCCUGGCCCUCGGCACGCAGACGGGCGGGAGCACCAUCCGGCCGGGCUCCUUCAACGGCAUCUACGCCUACAAGCCGACCUGGAACGCCGUCAGCCGCGAGGGGCAAAAGAUCUACUCGCUGAUCCUCGACACCCUGGGCAUCUACGCGCGCUGCGUCGCCGACCUGCAGCUGCUGGCCGACGUGCUCGGCAUCCGGGACGACUCCGAUCCCGAAUCCCGAUCCGCCUUCUCCGGCGGCGUCGAGGGCGCCAAGUUCGCCGUCCUCAGGACCGUCGUGUGGCCGCAGGCCGGGCCGGGGACCCAGGCCGCCAUGCAAAAGGCCGCGGACCUGCUGCGGGCGCACGGCGCCGCGGCCGUCGACGAGAUCUCGCUGCCGCCGGACCUGGACGCGCUGCCCGAGUGGCACCGCGUCGUCAUCACCAGCGACGGCCGCAGCGCCUUUCGGCCCGAGUACGCCGCGGCCCGGGACCAGCUGUCGCCGUACCUGGUCGACCAGGUCGAGAACGCGGCGGCCAUCACGAGGCGGCAGCAGCUUGCGGCAUUUGACGCCAUCGCGGCGGCCAGGCCGCGCGUCGACGAGAUCCUGGCGAGGUACGACGCCGUCCUGGUGCCGAGCGUGCCGGACGAGGCGCCGUCGGGUCUCGAGAGCACCGGCAGCGCCGCCUUCAAUGUCAUCUGGACCGCGCUGCACACCCCCGUCGUUAACAUCCCUGGCUUCAUGGGGGCGAAUGGUAUGCCCAUUGGCCUGUCGCUGGUUGCUCCGCGCUACCAGGACAGGCGGCUGCUGUCGGUCUGCGAGGCGGUCGGCAGGAUAUUCGAGGCUGAGGGAGGAUGGAAAUCUGCAUUAUAG